AAUCUUGAAAUAUAUGUGCAGGGAGAAGCAAAAGCAUCACCACUUUUACUGUUGUUAUACUAUUGAAAACUCUCAACAAGUUCUUUACGUGGAGAACGAACCAAUAGCCUUGAAUCGUUUGAGGUUCGAUCCUCCUUAUCGGGCCAGUGUUGUUAAGGCUUUGAACUUGGUUAGGUUUACUUCUGAAACUUUUCCGACUUUAAUUUCCAACUCAUUUGUUGUUUUAGUUGGACAAGUGGAUUUCUAUUAUCUACGUUUCUUUUUUAAGCCUUGCAGUUCAUUCCUUUAUAAAAAUCCUUCGAGUCGUCUUGAGCUCUGAGUUCCGGAUAGACUGUAGUAUCUUUUUGAUAUGUACAACAUUGACUAUCUAUUUGAAUUUUACAUACUUUAUGCAAGACUUGUUGUUGUUUCACUUCUGGUCUUGUAUGGAAAUUUGUGAGCUGUAUUGUCAAGAAAAGAGCAAAGACAAAGGAGUUUAAGCUGUUGUUGAGUUUCACUACAUUACCCAAUUAGUUGUCUCGCAAGUUCAUUUAGAUUUAGUUUUUACUGAUAAUUGUUACAGAGCAUUUUUGCGUAUUUAUUAGCAGUUGACAGUCUAGUCUUGUAGUCGGUCGUUGAGAAUCAGUCUUUGGGUUAAUAUUUCAAAGAUGUCUUUCAAGAAACCAGUUAGACACUUAGUUGAGUGUUUUGGUCAGUAUAAAGAGUUACUUUCCGUAUGAUAGUUUUUGUCUUUUAUGUGACUUCUUUCAAGAUGGAAAAUUUGGUCUGUAACUCUGCAACAGGUUUUAUAGUGUAAACGAACGAUAUUCGCACUCUUUGUAAAAUUCAUUCCUUUUCCAGAAUAGCAAAGGAAAGUCUCGAGUCCAUCAUUGCAUAUUUUUAAUGGCUGUUUUUAUUGUCGAGCGUUUAUAUCAAUUCUCUAUUGAUACUUUGAAAUAUUAUGGAUGGGGGGCUUUAGAUAACGAAAACUGAAUAAACUUGUAUUUUGAAAG